AUGGCAGGUUGGUACUUGGGAAAUAUGACUGUUAAUGAAACCAAAGAGAAAUUAAAAGAGGCACCAGAAGGAACUUUCUUGAUUAGAGAUAGCUCGCAUUCAGACUACCUACUAACAAUAUCUGUUAAAACAUCAGCUGGGCCAACUAAUCUGCAAAUCGAGUACCAAGAUGGGCAAUUCAGAUUGGACUCUAUCCUAUGUGUCAAGCCCAAGCUUGAACAAUUUGACAGUGUGGUUCAUCUGAUCGACUCCUAUGUUCAGAUGUGCAAGGAUAAGCGGACGGGCACAGAAGCCCCCUGGAGCACUGUUCACCUUUAUCUGACCAAACAGCUCUACACAUCAGCACCACCUCUCCAACAUCUCUGUAGACUCACCAUUAACAAAUGUACCGGUACCGUCUGGGAACUGCCUUUACCAACAAGACUAAAAGAUUACUUGGAAGAAUAUAAAUUCCAGGUAUAAGUGUUUCUCUUUUUCUAACCAUGCCUCAUAUAGAGUAUCUCCGAAUGCAGCUAUGUAAAAGAGAACCAAAACUUGAGUGACUGCUCUGGAUAACUACUUGGAAUUCUAAAAACAGCUG